AUGUUCGCUAUGUUCGCUGCAAAUCUCUCAAGAAUAUCGAGAGUAUGGAACGUACAAGGUUAUGUUGCUGAUUACGGCUCCGUCGAUGGUCUUCAACUCCCUCCAGAAUUCGAUAAGUUUAAGGUAACCGCGGCUGCACAAUCCAUGUUGAAUUGUCACAAGCGACACAUGUGCGGUUUCUGCAAGAAGGUGUUCCCAUUGAAGAACUUGUUGAGGAGGCACGUGCAAUUCGGUUGUAAGAUGAAUCCGAGAAAUUCACAGUUCGCCUGCUCCUUCUGCCAGUACAAGAGCACUUACAAGGCGAACAUGGAAAGACACGUGCGAAAUGUUCACGAUACAGGCGUGUUGAAAUUUCGCUGCGAUCUGUGCAACUUUCGUAGCAAUUAUUCGUUCUGCAAAAAAAAUGGUUACGUAUCGUUUCGCGAGAUUCGUGGUCGAUCCGAUCGUAUUAACCGAUCUGGUGUUGUUGUUUCAGCGUUGUUGUGGAAUUACAAGAAUGUCUACAACCUCGAGCCGGAGAACCGAGUUGCUCGAAGGAAUGAUUGGCAGCAACAACAACAGCAGCAACAACAACAGCAACAACUCCGUCAAGCUGGCAAUUUGGAUAUUCGAGAGAGAAGUUUCGUGUGCGUCGAUUGUGGGAAAGCGUACGCGGUUCACAGAUCGCUGUGGAGACAUCGAAAAUUCGAGUGCAUCAACGCCAAGCCGAAAUUCGCGUGUGACGCUUGCCCCUAUAAAAGCCCUCACAAGUGGUGCAUGGAGAAUCAUAAAAAGAAACAUCACAGCAACGUUUACAAUCGAUAGUUCGCUCGUUCGAUUCUUCGAAAAGAAGGCAAAAAAAAAAGUGGACAAGACGAUUAGAGACGAUAUUUUUAAGAGAGAAUAUUUGAAUAUCGAAUGAAUUGAACGCACGAAUGUGUAAUCGGGUCUGAUUAUUCUUUUCCUCGAAAAUUCCAUUGAAUGGUAUUUCCAUUCUCCUUCCAUUUUAAUAAAAUUUUAUUACACGAUACGAUGUGAUGGUAAGAAAAACGAAGUUCGAUUUUUGCGUGAUCGAACUCGAAAAAAAUAAUUACCAAUAAAUAUAUGCGUUUUUGUUCUAUCGAUGAUUCAUAUGUCGCAUAUAUGUCCAUUAAGGUACAUUUACAAAUUAGCGUUUCAAGCAAACCAUAUCUGUGAUAAGCUGGUCUAUCUAAAUAGCAGUAUUUAGACGAGUA